CUCUCCUCUCCUCUCCUUAGCCCGCACCCAGUCGGAGGAGUGUCCCAGUGUCCCAGUCAUGGAUGAGGAGAGACACUCCGGUUCGAAUUAUUCGUCUUCUUUAUCAUCGUCGCGACCGCGGUCUUCGGCGGCGGCAUCUAGGUUUAACAUUAAGGGAGCGGAUCGGCUGGUGAAGAUUGAGCUGGAAGCGGCGGAAGUACUGGCAGAUUUGGCGCAGUCGUUGAUGCGUGAGAGUGAGAGUAAUGGGGCUGAAUCUGGAGGAAAAUGGGGGAGUAAAGGGAAACGCGGAAGGAAGCGAGUCAAGAGCGAGUCUCCACCGAGUGACGAGUUCAAGAACCCGGAUAACCUGUUUCCUGGCUCUUCGGAUCUCACCGAGCAGCAGGAUAAACAAUCAGUGGUUCAACAAGAGUGUAGAAAGAUAGACAGAAAUGUAUUUCUAACAAAGACUGAGACAGAUGAUGAAUUUGCUAAACCAAGUCCUAUGUGCACCACAACUUAUGCACCCCAUCAUAGUGGCAAGUUGAGACAAAAUUUGACUGAGGCUGAAAAGGAAGCACGGAGAUUGCGCAGGGUAUUAGCAAACAGAGAAUCAGCUAGGCAGACAAUUCGCCGUAGGCAGGCUUUGUGUGAGGAAUUGAGCAGAAAAGCUGCUGAUCUAUCAUUGGAGAAUGAAACUUUGAAAAGGGAAAAGGAGCUAGCUAUGAAAGAGUUUCAGUCUUUGGAGAACAAAAACAAGCACUUAAAAGCACAGGUGGCUAAGAUAAUAAAGCCUGAGGAAGAGAAAACUCCAGAGUCUAUCUCAAGCCACGAAAUGACAUCUAUUCCUCCAUCUACAAAUUGUCCAUUGCUUUUAUAUAACCAACCUUCAUUUACGCCAUUUCUCUGGUCUUCACCUGAACGUAGAUUCCAAAAUGCCUUUGCAUCCCAUGCUGUACCUGAUGAAAGAGAAAAUCCCAACAUUGAUGCCUAUAGAACUCCUUUAUAUAUCCUGCCUUGCCCUUGGUUCUUUCCACUUCCCAACCAUGGAAAUGGACUCCACCAUCCGCCCUCUCUCAACUUGAAGGAUAAACAAGAUGCAGUGAAUAGUCAAUGCAGUGCUAGUUCAUUGAUAAAAAAUAAAUCAGGUAUAGAAACUAAACCUGCUAACAAGUUUCAAGAGGCUUCAUUUGAAUUUUUACCGGAUGGUCAUCUCAUAACACCUCAUCAUAGAAGAAUGAUACCAGCUAACAAUGUACAUGACCUCUCCUAUGGAUUUUCACCAGAUGCUCAUCAUAUACCAUCUCACUCUAAUGCAAUGAUCCUCAAUCCUUCACCACUGAUGUCCUUAAAAUCUGCCAUUACUUUCAAACACGAGGGUGAGCUCCAAUCAAGUUACAUAGACAAUGGGGAAGGUGGUCAUAUUGUAAGUGUUUUUUCAGAAAAGAAUCAAGAACCAGUCAUUUGUUCAAGUAAGAGACUGGUGGAUGCAGUUGCUGCAGCAGAGGCUAGGAAGAGGAGGAAAGAGCUCACAAAGCUAAAAAACCUUCAUGGACGUGUUCGGAUGCACUGUUGAGGUUUUGAUUUGGUAUGAUACUUUCUCCACAUUUUUGCAAAUGCUUAACCCUUGGAUAUGAAGGAGCUUGUGGAGAUUGAGCUAAUUGAAAAAAGAGAGGUUAUGGAGAUUAAGUCAAUUUUAUAUCUCUGAAAGAGAAUAGAUUGGCUUUGUAUUUGUUCUCUGAAUAAGUUAGAGACUUUUUUCUUUCCUUUUAGGUGAGUGUUUGGUGACUGGAGAAUUUCAGUAGUUUGUAUAUAGAGUUGUUAACAACAGCAUUAAGUUUUGGGAUUUAGGUUAGAGCAAUAUCUAAGAGCUAUCUAUUGUUCUGAACGGUAUAUCCUGCGGAACACAGUAAGAACUGCUGCCAUUUUGCAAGACUUUGAGCUGGAGAGGGUAGCAAAAGAAGGGGAAAGAGAGAAAUGCUGAUGUUCGGGAUGUUUUGUAACUCUUUGUUGUAACUUGUACCUUGUACCUUGUACCUUGUUUUACAUUUAAAAGUUAUAAAUAAGUUUGAGAUUCAUACACAAAA